CCAAAUGUCAGACAAAGAACCAAUAACGUAGAGGUUGAUUGUGUAGAUAGAUUCAUGAGCCAGGCAACAUUGCACAACAGUUUCCUAGCUACUGUCCUGGAGCAAUUUGAGCUUAAACACCCUGGUUUCAAAUAUGCAUUAUUUGAUUACUACAAUGCUCUUCGUGACAGAACUCUUCAUCCCACAGAGCAUGGCUUCAAGGUAGGAAAUGUUGCAUGCUGUGGCAGUGGAGUACUGAAUGGAGAAAAUUGCAGUAGUACUCAGGAACCUUUCAAUUUAUGCGAAGAUGUGAAUGAGUAUGUGUAUUUUGAUGGGGGUCAUCAUACUGAUAGAGCCAACUUUCAACUAGCACAGCUGAUGUGGAGAGGACCAAAACAUGUCACAGGACCUUGUUACAAUGUCGAGAUGUUGUUUAAUCUCUAAAUAUAUGUAGGCUCGGAGAGCUCUAAUUAAAUAAAGGGGAUGCAUGCA